AUUGCUAGGUAGAGCGCAUCUGACAUCAGCAUCGUUGCUUUUGGUAUCGUCAAGAAUAUUUGUGUGAAGGUAUUGGGAUGGGCAUUGAGUCAAAUCAGUCCGGUGCAAGACUCAAUCUGCAACAUUCAAUUGAGUAGUCAAGCAAGCUCAUACGAGAAGAUCAUCUCCGGUGUAACUGUCACCAGGAUGGUACUGAUGCGGGCCUGAAAUUGUGUACAUGUAGACAUCGGAAAGUGGAAGCGUGAGAAAAGUGACGAUGCCAAGCCCUAAACGCGUCUCCCAAACGCGUGCUCCAUCAAACCACAUCGCCUUGGACAUCAACCUCCUCAGCAAAAUGCCACAAACAUGUCGUCGCCACUUCCAUUGAAGCGACGCAAGCUCAACGAUGCUGCCGAAAAGCUCAGAAAACCGUUCGUCUCGCCAAUGAGGUCUAGGAAGCCUGAUCAGCCGCCGACGAACUCUCCGCUCGUGAACAACGUGAACAAGACCGUUGGUGCCGUGACCACAUACACUCCGAGCACUCUUGCGCACACGGUCCAGUUGUCACUUCCUGUGUUGCCCACGGAGCCUGCACCACCAUCGUUCGUGAAAAGGACGACAUUCACAACGCCUCAAAGGCGCACGAUCCUGCCCCAGACGUCUCGAAGCAAAAACGCCGAUCCUGAAGAACGCACAUUACAGAAGGCGAACUCGGCGCUCGAACUACAGAUACGACGAGUACAAAACGAGCUUGACAUUCUCAAGCAGGCAGAGACGCUCUCAAAUUCCACAACGGAUGCUGAUUUGGAGGAGUUGCGAGAAAAAUGGCGCCUGGCAUCACAGUAUGCAGCAGAGGAAUUGUUCGGCACCGUCAAAGAGAGAGUCUGCCGCAUGGGCGGCGUUGCUGCUUGGCGAGAGAUGGAGAAGAAGAAGCAUGACCGUUCACAUGGUCUUGGAGAUUUCGCCGAGCCCGAAGUGGUAAAUGACGACGCAGAUUGCGAAUUCGACUCGCAGGGCGAAGAACUGCCUGAAGACGAGCAAGAAUACCGCAAGAAGCUCAAGCGAAAAGCACGGCAAGAGGCAAUGGAAGCGAUGGAUGAGCCGGACGAACCAAGACAGCCAGCCAGCAUCAAGAACGAAGUCUGGCAGGAGCCUGGCAAGGACGACGAUACCUUCACGAUGGAUAUGAUGCUACGAUCACUCAACAUAGACUUGAGCGUGAUCGGCUACGACAAACAACUGCAGAAGUGGACUUGACGAAGACCGCUUCAGUCAGUCUCGUGGCUUUGAUGAUCAAAUGGCCUACCUACGACGAAUACGACGAUAUGAUUGCUUCGAGAUACCCCAAUGUUCGCAUCAGAA